AUGGCAAAUGACGGAAUCACUCCGCUGGUUUCCUUCUGCGACGACGGCUCCGACCGUGCCAGGAGGUUCACCAUAUCCGCCCAGCCAUCCUCUGCUAAUAUAGCAACCAUACCUGCUUUGGAAAGGCAGGGUUCAAUCCAAAAAACUUCUCGCAACAAUUCUAUAAAUGACAAUGAUGUUAUGCUGUUUAUUGCCAAGGGUUCGCACCCUCGAAACACUCCGUUGAAGUUGAACCACGACUAUAUCACUUCCAGCAACGAAUCUUCUCGAGGAAACUCUCGGGUGGCGUCGCCAGUGUCACCGGGCCAUGGUCGCCAGCACCAGUAUUUUGACAAGUCGCCGUCGCCUCCUAACGGGAAAAGCGAAAAGGAAAGGGAUGGAAUUGAAAGAGGCUCUGGAGCCAGAGUUCCUUCCGUCGAGAUUCCCUCGCGCAAAGGCUCCGUCAAAAAGUCCAACAAGACCAUCGUGGCGUCGCCCAUUGGCCCGCCGGUUCCUUUCCAAGAAUACUUGUCGAAAGAAGACGAUGGAAAAAUUCACAUUCUUCUCGCAUGCACCGGGUCCGUUGCUACCAUCAAAGUGCCGUUGAUAUUGGACCGGUUAUUCCAGAUCUUUGGCAAGUCCAAGAUCUCGAUCCAGCUCGUGGUCACCAAGGCUGCUACCCAUUUUCUCAAGGGCCUCAAGAUUCGUAAUGACGUCAAGAUUUGGCGAGACGAAGACGAAUGGGCCAAUUACGACGUGGCGACCACCACUACCACCACCACCUCUUCACAAACAAAAAAGACCAAAAAUCCGUUUGAAAAAAUGAUUCUCCACAAUGAAUUGCGUCGCUGGGCCGAUAUCAUGUUAAUUGCACCAUUGUCUGCCAAUACUCUCGCCAAAAUAACCCAUGGAAUCGCCGAUAACUUGGUGACGUCGAUCGUCCGUUCUUGGGGCUCCUUGAAUUCGUCUUCAACCACACCAAAGAAGCCCAUUUUGGUGGCCCCAGCUAUGAAUACUUUUAUGUACACCCAUCCUGUCACCGCCAAACAACUCCAAGUGAUUUCGUCCGCAGAGUAUGGGUUUGGAAUCGAGAUUCUCAAGCCGGUGGAAAAGGUGCUUGCUUGUGGUGACAUCGGAAUGGGAGGAAUGAGGGAAUGGGUGGAUAUCGUGGAAACGUUGCGACAGCGGAUAGGCGCCAUAAGCAACUUUAAUGAGAAACAGAAAGAGGGUGAAGAAGGCGAAGAGGAAGACGAAGAUGAGGAUGAUGAGGAUGAUGAUGACGAUGACGACGAUGACGACGACGAUGAUGAUGAUGAAGAAGAGGACGAAGACGAUAAGGACGCUAAAAAAGAUCCAUCGCUCAUUUUUGAUAUCUCCAGUACAUAA